GCGCCGCCGCUGGUGGCGCGUGAGUCAGUGCGGGAACCGAUGAGCAGUCUGCGCACACUGGCAGCCCGCAGUGGCUGCACGCUACAUGCUCCUAGAUAAACUGUAAAGUGAAAUAAGUGUAUCAGUUAUCAUUAACAAAAGGCAACAUGGCGUCGCUUCGACGCUUCAUCUCAGCGCUGGUGUUCAUUGGAGUAGCUACAUACUGUAAUGCAGGACCAUUGGGACCCCUGCCAAAUGUGACAAGCGCGGACUUUGGAUUAAAAGAAGGCGGGUGCACGGUGGGCGACGUGGUGUACGGGCCGGGCGAGGAGUUCCCGGGCGCAGCGGCGUGCGAGCGCUGCCGCUGCGCGGGCGGCGCCGUCAGUUGCGCGCGCGCACGCUGCGAGCCGCGCCCCGGCUGCAAGGCGCUGCACCGCCCCGACCAUUGCUGCCCCACCUAUCAGUGCGAGUGCGAGCAGGAGGGCCGAGUGUAUGGCAACGGCGAGAAGCUGGUGGAUCCGCAGGACCCGUGCCGCGUGUGCUACUGCCAGGGCGGGGAGGUGGUGUGCCGGCGCAUCGCCUGCUUCGUGCGCGACGACUGCUCGCCGCGGCUCGUGCCCGGCCGCUGCUGCCCCGAGUACGACAACUGCCCGCUCAGAGGUGUGACGACGGUCCCGGGCGUGUCGCCCGGCGUGUCCACGGCGGAGCAGAUCGCCAGCAGCGCUGCGCCCGCGCCACCCAAGGAGAACAUCAAGCAGGAGAUCACCAUCAAGGAGAUCACGCCCGUCUCCGAGAUUCCCAUUAUCACUGAUGUUAAAAUCAAAGAAAUCCUUCCAUCGCCCGGCAUCGAGGUCCCUGACUACUCCUCGUCCAAGUCCCCUCUCAUAGUACGCGAGGCCACCUCUGAAACCAUCGUAACUAGCAAUGUUGACUCCAGGACGGAAGCGUCUGUCAUCGUCGAGGUGCCAUCUGCAUCUCCGGUCGCAGAACUUUCGACGUCCUCGGAAGCGCCAACCAAAUCGAGUGAAGCUAGUACCGAAAUAAAAUCGACGAACGACUCGCCGCCAUCCAAAAUUAGUCUUUCAACGCAAGACUCUAUCAACAGUGACAUCUACCCCUCGUUGAUGACAAGCGUAGCUACAAUGGGGGUUCCGUCUGUCAUCCAUGACACGGCUCCUGCAAAGCUUAUUACUAAAGCUCCGGUAAUCGAAGAAGAAGACACACUGUUUGACCACAACCCCGCGUUCCCGCCGCAGCCGGACGACUUGUCCGUGCUCAGCAAUCACGAAGACGAAAUAGUUCCCGAACAAGUCGUCGAUAACGAACACGUGCCGGUAGUGCACGAGACGGCGACCACCACCACGACCACGUUCACCACGAGCGCGCCCACGACCACGCAGCCUGUCCUUAGAGAAACUUCACCUGUUUAUGUUUCGAAGGAUAGCACUGAAAGUACAUCCGCACCAACAGUCACUUCACAAGACGUCAGUACCACAAAUGCUAUUAGUACUGCAAGCCCGACCAGUGAAGUAAGUACCGCCAAAUUUCAAUCUUCAGUCGGAAAGGAAAUAACAAAUUUUAAAGACAGUCCAAUGCUCAACUUACGGUCUGCCAUUCCAACUGAAAUAUUAAAUGUUCCAUCAUCCGUACCAGAGGAAAUUACCGGUGAGUUGGACGAUAUUUCUGAAACUACUACUGUUGCAGCAGACAAAUUACCAUUGACGGUUUCUGAAAAUGAAGUGACACUGAGUGAGAAAACUACGAAAGGACCAGAGUUAAUUGUAGAGAUGACGGUGAGUGCUAGUUCUACUGCAACAGAUGCUGAAGUCACGACCUACAGGGCUCCUGAAAUAGUGGUGUUCCCCUCGAGCACACAAACAGCGCAUGAACAGGCCACCACUGCUGAAGUUAAAUCAAAUAUAGUAACUGAAAUUACCGCACAAACCGAGUUCAGUUCAUUACCGAUCGAAACUAGUGACCAGAAUCCACAUGAAAAUUCCGAAAUUAUUGAAAAGGAUAAACCCGUCACGACCACGUCCGACCCGUCUUCGACGGAACUUGCUACAACUAAAAUAUCGACUCCUUUAGAAUCUGAAAUUAUCACAGUUUCUCGAGCGGAUCCGUCUGGCACAGACAGCCAAUCUUUCGAGAAUAUAGAAACGACGGAAUUCGUUCUUACACCCUUCGGAUCGUCAGAAAGCGCUACGGACGCGGUGGAGUUAAUAAAAAUAUCCGUAAAUCCCAGUCAAAGCGCUGCUAUCAUCGAGCCCGCGCAACCUAAGAAAAAUAACGUACUGACCGACCUCAUCAACCUGGUCGGUGACGUGGCAUCCAUCGGUGACCACACGGACUUGCCCGAGACACCACGCGCCGCAACCGCCGCCCCCGUAGCCCCCGCCGACUCCACAGCAUCCGCCAGCAUCGGAAUCUCCGACUCUGAGGAAUUGAUCCCUGUCAACGCAGGCUACAAGAGCAAAAACAAUAACUGGAACCUUAACUCGAUCACAGAAGUUCCGUCGAAAAAGGGUUCCACAGGAAACAAACAGAAGGUGGUCGAGAUCGAGGACGAGGAAGCGGACGGACUGACGGACUCGCCACCGCCCAAUGACAAGGUGGAGCCGACUACGCGGCGGCCCAUCAUCGACAACGUGUCCGACGACAUGCGGCCCGGCAAUAACUCGGACAAGAAGGACAUAGAGAUCAUUACCAAAUCCUACGUGCCAACCAUCAACAGGCGGCCCACGAAAGUGGUGAUGAAGAAGAGUAAUGAGAAUCCGCCGACAGAUGUGACGUCCACGGACGUAGCCACGACGAUGGAGGACAGCGUCGGCGGCAGCGAGGGCACCACUGCGACGCGCGGUGACGUCAGCACGCCGCGCGCGCCCGCCGACACCACCACGCCGGCGCCGGCGCCGACCACUAGCGCACCUCAACAUUGAAGUUUUCCCAUGAAAUCAAUGGAACCUCAGCUUAUCAGCAUUUCUUAGGAAAUAAGUUUCGAGUAAGUUUCUUGAAACUACAAUUUAAUUAUAGAGACUAUUAGGAAGAUAAUUGUAUAAAACCUUGUCGAAAGGAUAAAUUAUUAAUUGUCAAUUGUAGUCCGUCGCGAGAACAAUUUUCGUGGCCGCGGAGUACUAGGUAGUUUCGUUGUAAGUAGGCGACCGGAUCCUUCGGUCGAAUUAUGUGUACUAGCUGGACAAAUUAUUUAUAAUACAAAAUAGUUAUAGAGAUCGAGGGCCGCGCGAGCGUGGCCCGCAAUGUGUCAAAUUACGGAGGAAGUAAUUAGCGUAGAGUCGGUGUCGAUAGACUUAAGUUAUUUAUUGCUAGUGAGAGCGGAGGGAGUGAUAGUAAGCAACCGAGCUAGUCACCCGCGGCGGAGGCGCCGCGUUGCCAUUGCUGCUGCCUGCCGCGACGGCCGCCGAGCGCACGUGACGAGCGAGCAGCGCCGGCGCCGCAUGUGAGCAUCCAUAGAUUUAGUUCCUGUAGGUCUCCGUUUGAACAAACUUGGAGCCGGUGACUCGCCGCCCGCGAGCGCGUUGUACGUACGAAUGUAACAAAAUUUGGUACAAAUCGAAUUUGAUAUUAUAGAGUUAACGACCUUAUGAUACCUUUAUAAUUAAGAUCUAAGUAGUUGGUUUAGAAAGUAAAUGUGAUCGCACACACUUUAAUUUAUUGCACCUAGUGGCGGUGUCGCGAGGAAGGCUCAACCUAGUGUAAGUGUAACCUAACUUAUUGUGCGCCUGCCCAGUCCCGCACGGGCCGCCCGUGGUGCCCGCCGGGGGCGGCGCGGGCGCAGGCGCGCUGCGGCUUCUUGCUCCGGAAGACCGAGUCUUUUCCCGGGCAAUAAGCGCAUGUGCUCACUGUAUUAUUUUAUUAUUUUUGUUUUUUUUUUUUUACAAAUAAAUAAAUGAAAUUAGA